AUGGCCAAAAGUGGAGAAUUCGCUGAAUUUGUUGCCGAAUAUGUCGUUAAACAGGAAUCCGAAGACAUCGAUGAGAAAGAGUUGCAAAUUCUGGCAAAACUGAAACAAACAGUGAAACCAUUGAUAGAAAAGCAAUUGUCCGUCAGAUCUAAUGACAGCGAAGGCACUGAUAAUAAGUCAACAGAUGAUGAAAAUCAAAAUACAAAACCUAAACACAGCACUGAAGAAGAAGUGUCCGAUAAAAGUAAAGGCAAACUCAUAGACAAAGAAGUGUUGGCCAAAGGAGGCAUCAAAAUGAGUGUCUAUAAGAAAUACUUCAAUUUGAUUGGCAUAAGUAGUUUAAUCGCUAUAAUACUGAGCUAUGUUGGGGCCAAUGCGGCCGCAGCCGCGUCGGGCUUAUGGCUAAGCGAGUGGUCAGACGACUCGUUGGACUCGAGUGCGGCCAACGAUACGGCUCUACGGUAUCGGCGGCUAUGGGUCUACGCGGCCAUCGGUGCCACUGAAAUGGUUGCCCUUAUUAUCGCCCAAAUAUGGCUACGGCUGCGGUGCGUACGGGCGGGUCAAGUGCUGCACAACCAGAUGAUGGCACGUGUGGUUCGGGCGCCCAUGUCUUACUUCGACACGACACCAAUGGGACGAAUACUGAACCGAUUCUCGCAAGAGAUGGACAUCAUUGACGACAGUAUAGUCUAUGUAUUGGACCGAAUUGUAGUCAACUUCUUGGUGGUGAUCGUCUCACUCGGCGUUAUAUCAAUGGAAACACCAUUAGUACUGCUGGCCAUCGGACCCAUUAUUAUAGUGUAUAUUAUGUGUCAACGAGUGUUCAUCUCGAGCUCCCGACAGAUCAAGCGUUUUGAAUCCGAGACCCGAUCGCCGAUUAUAAGUCAUUUGAGUGAAUCAUUCAACGGAACGGCAAGUAUUAGGGCGUUCGGCGCCGACCACUGGUUUGUCCGCCAGUCGUACCGACGACUUGACGCCAAUAACCGUUGCUUUCACUCGAGAUCGUGUGCCGAACAGUGGCUCUCAAUAAGACUCGAGUUCUUGGGAUCUCUGAUAGUGUUUGUGUCAACCAUUGCGGCCGUGGUAUUCAGGGAUCAGUUGUCGCCCGGUUUGGCCGCACUCGCCAUCAAUCUCUCGCUGAACAUUACUUUAUACUUAAGUCUAUUGAUAACUAGUGUUAAUGAUUGCGAUAUUUCUAUGAUAUCUAUUGAGAAAUGUCUGGAAUUAACACAAAUUCCUGAAGAAGCCGAGUGGUAUAACGAGAAGACCAAACCCGCGGACAACUGGCCGACAAUGGGUUGCAUUUCAUUCACAGACUAUUGCACUAAAUAUAGAGAGGGUUUAGAUUUAGUGCUCAAAGAUAUAGCAAUUGAUAUGAAAGGCCGACAAAGGGUUGCGAUCGUCGGCCGCACCGGCGCUGGAAAGUCGUCCCUCGCGUUGGCUCUCUUCAGACUCAUUGAGCCGACGGCCGGAACCGUUACCAUCGAUGGCGUCGACUGCNGACAAAGGGUUGCGAUCGUCGGCCGCACCGGCGCUGGAAAGUCGUCCCUCGCGACUUGA